AUCCCAGAGGGAUACGGCCUGAUCUGGGCAAUCUCAGCCGCUAAAUUCAGUUUGCAGGUGUAUUUCUUGGUUUUACAUUUUUUAAAGUGAACCUGACGGAAAUAUGGGAUACUUGAAUUAAGGUUUCUCUUCACAAACACAUCUGUUCUAGAAGAAAGGAAUAUGGAGGCCAUCACCCUACGAAGCUCUGACCUCAUCCUGUUCUUCUGCCUCCUUUGUGCCGAUGGUGGGGUCACUGCACCAGACUCGCUCGCUCCCUGUGAAUGGAAGAGGCUUGGGGGAAAUGUCACGGAGGUGAACUGCCGUUCCCGGGGCUUGCAGACAGUCCCCGCCAACCUGCCCACCCAAGCCUCCGCCAUCGAGCUCAGCUCCAACAGGAUCACCCGCGUACUGCGGUCAGACUUCCCUCCGCUGGCGCCAAGCACCGUCAGGCUCAACCUCAGCCGCAACUGGAUCUGCGAAAUCCAAGAUGGGGCUUUGGCCGGCUUCGUUAACCUGGAAGUGCUCGACCUGAGCAGGAACCGGCUGGGGGCCUUGCAGCAUGGGCCCUGGCGGGGCCUGGUUGCGCUGACGGAGCUGCACCUGGGACACAAUGCCAUAGUGAACAUUCCCCCCUCUGCAUUUGACAGCCUCGCCGGGGUGGAAGAAUUAUGGCUGCAAGACAACAGCCUGGUUAGCGUCCCACAAGCACUGAAGAGGACACCUUCCCUCAGGGUCCUGUCUCUCUCUCACAAUCGGAUCAUGUCGAUUGAUUCCGGCGAUCUCCGGCCGUGUCGAGAUCUGGCUGUUCUGCACUUGGAGCACAACGCCAUUUCCAGAGUGGCCGAAGAUGCAUUCGAAGGCCUAGGGAAACUUCAGAGGCUGAAUCUGAGCUGCAACAUGCUGGGAACCGUUCCCCCUGCUGCCCUACAAGAGCUCUGGGAGCGGGGAGCAGAUGUAGUUCUGGGCGGUAACACCUGGGUGCGCGACCGCAGGCUGCAGGAGCUGAAAGUGCAGGUGCCCGCCUGGCCGCGGUGCCAAGGAGAGCCCCUACAGGGCCUCCAGCCGCCAGCACCGAGGGGUGGGCGCAGGACGUGCCGCAGACCCCUACGGGUCUCCCCCCUCCUCACAGUUCAGCUCCCAGCGGACCGGGGCCUGACGCUGGCAUGUAAGACAGCCAGCCAGGAAGGACAAAUUCUGUACUGGCAGACUCCAUGGGGACAACUGAAGAAAAAUGCCAGUUACAGCAGCUGGGAUCCUGUUAAGGUUUUGAGAGAUGGAAGUUUAAGGAUUGUGAAGCCUGUGGUUUUUCACACUGGGCUGUAUUACUGUUUAUUUAGUGAAAGAGAACAAAAAACAAUUGUUCCGUACAGAGUUGAUUUUGGGGAAACGCGCGAUGUUAAAGGAGUGAAUCUGAGGAAAACGAGAGAAGCAAGUAGAAAUGAAGACACUGUCUCUGAAAGAGACUUCAUUUCUGCUGUCGCUGUUUCGGUAGCUCUUAGCUUUCUAGGUGGAUUUGUGCUUGGUGCCUUCAGCAGGUCUUAUUUAAACAGAUGCUGUAAGAACAUGAAUCCGCAAAACAAUAUCAGAGGUGACUCAAACAUGAAACUGGACACUCUGCCGCAUCAAUAUGAAAACCCAGUUAUGGGUCAUAGUGAGGACUCAGAGGCUACAGUGGUCUAUGAGAGUCUUUCCUUGGUUAGAAGUGCAAAGCAGGGAGUUACUCUGACCACAAACACCCUGAAUGUCCAUGAUUCCCGUGCUCCCAGGGUGGGUGAUGUUUCAAAAGAACCUUGCGUGGUUGAUGCCACACUGGAAAAGCCACCUUUGAGCACAAACACCUUGUACGCACACCCUGAGAGUAGAGCAAAUUCAAAACCAAGUGAUGGGAAGCCAGAAAACACCGGUGUGCCUGUCUCCCCAUCCAGUGCCGGUUUGGGAAGGAGUGAAUUCUCGCAAAACAUUUCGGCUCGAUACGAAGAGCUUGAGACAGCAUCCUCCGAAGGUCAAGGAGGCAAAGGAAGCACAGAUAUAGAAAGCUCUGCUCCAGUACGCUCUCCCAAAAACAGCAUGACGUUAGACUCCUUUGGAAGCACAGCGGCACCAGAGGAGAGAAAGGAGGAAGGAGAAUACAUCGUUUUCCCUGUGGAAGACGUUUUCAAGGUGGUUGGCUCACAGACUGCCGAUGCCCUUUCUCCAAAUAAAGACACCCAUUUCAAGACAGUCCCCCUCUCAGCUGUGCCACAGGAGAGGCCAUCCACACUGCCUGCUGAAAUCAAAUUUGAAAUGCCAGCAGAAAAUGAUGUAAGCAAGACAGAUCAUUCCCAUCUUAGUACGAGACCGAGCUCAGAGGAAUUGCGCAGGUGGAAGGGAGCUUCUGAAGAUGAUGACACAGGAUCCACAGGAUCUCGUGUGCGAGAGGAAACAACCAGUGAAAAAGAUCAAGAUGCUAGAGCCAAGGUGAGCCAGACUUUUGGGAUCUGCAGUAAUCCCCUCAGGGACGAGGAAGAAACAGGGGAAGGAAAUGCUGUCUGCAGAGCAGUCAGUGGCCAGAGCAGCCCCGAAGAGGAUUCUGAGACAGAGAGGGAGGAAGGACACCCCACAAACCAAGAACACAGCAUGAACGAAAAUGAAGAAAAUAAAUUUCAGGAGGAGAGAGAAGAUAAUGGCAAGAAGCAGGCAAGGGUGGCCAAGCGCCGAGUCAUUAAGCUCUACAACUAUGAUGAGGAAGGCAAGCUCUACGGUCAUAUCAAAGAUCCUGAUGAAUACAGGAACACGCCCCGGCUGAAACAGAGAUCGCUGUCCCUGACACGACUGAACGCAAUAAUGACUGCGGAAACGGGUCAGACCACUGAACACUCAAAACAUUCCCCUGUUGACUCCCCCCUCUUCAAACUCACAAUCUAAAUGAAUUUGGUCAUACACUUUAAUUGAAAAGGGAUACCUCCAUUAAAAAGCGUCAAAUGUUUAAUUCAAAUUUACUUACCUGUAGUCGUACCUACUAUUGCUUGAUUUGAACAAAGGUUAGUUUCCUUGCAUGAAUACACAAAACUCAAUUAUUGCUUAUUUAAUUUGUAAACAGGUAAUGGUUUAUACAACGGUAAAUUGCAAUGUGAUAAAGUAGUGGUUAUGAAAUAUGAAUGACAGCGGUUUACAGUGGUAUUCGUAGACUUUAUCAGUGUUACUAAUAACUACUUCAGUGCUUCAGGUCCCUUAUGUGGUAAUAUUUGGAACAGAUUUAUAGCGUUUUUCUGUUAAUAUCACCAUAUUAACCAUAUAUAGCCAUAUCACCCUGCAGCUCACAACUGGCAACCCACUGAAGCUAAGCAGAUGUGAGCCU